UUCAGGGAAUUGCACGCAAAAGCAUUUCUGUAACCCACAAUGCACCUACAGGAAGCAACGAUCACCACAGUCCAUCUCUACAGCUUCCUGAGUGUUGAUUAUAGUUGUUACCAUUUCAUGUCCACGACUUCAAACAUCAAAAUGAGGACACUGUGUCUGAUUAUGCUUUUUCAUGCAAGCCUUCAGCUCGAGUGUGAUAGAAGAGACAUCAAAGCACAUAUCGGAGGCCAAUUCACUCUUAUCUGCAAGUAUGACACAAGCCGGUUCCGGUACAGUAAAAAGUACUGGUGCCGAGGGGAUUCUAGAAGCACCUGUGAGAUUUUGGUAGAUUCAGAAAGUAAAACUAAAAAUACACACAGGGCUUACAUAGUAGAUGCAGGAAGAAGAGGUCUGAUUGUGAAAGUCACAGAUCUCCAACUUGACAACGCUGGAGUAUACUGGGUUGGGAUUGACAAAGUGCAUGCUGACAUCAUGUCUUCAGUUAAUGUGGUCAUCACUGAAGUUCCAGUAUCUGAGCCCAGUCUCCAGCCCUUGGGCUCUCUUGUGGACAGGCAGACAUGUUGGGGUCAGCCAGUGACCGUGCGCUGUGGUUGUACAAAGGGCACUGCCGUUCGUUACGCCUGGUACACACACCACCAGGAUUUUCUGCUUCACCACUCGUCAGAUUUAUACCUACACUGUGGCACAGUGGAAACGGACAGCGACUAUUACUGCAUUGCCAGUAAUGACAUAAGCAGUCACCGGAGUGUUAUCCUCUCUGUGCAGGUUCUGCUGCCUGCAUACAACAGCUGUAUCUACGUCGUUCAUAUACAGGGCCAACCCAUUUAUGACUGUGCCGACAGAAUGAGCACCAGCACGGUCAAAACUCCACCUGUGACUACGUGCCAAGCUACCAUGAAAAUCCAAUCGGACACAAGAAACAGUUCUUUACUCAUCAAUCAAACUGAUCAAGAUAUGUUUUUCAACAGGGAAUGGACAGGAGUGCCUUUGUGGUAUACAUUGCUGCGUUGGGGUUCUUUUGCUUCCUUACUGAUAUUUCUGUGCGUAGUACUCAAAUGUACAAAAGCAAGACACAAACGUGCCAAGAAGAAGAGGAGAGUUCAUGUGAGGCGAACGCCCCGGAAAUCAACUUGUCCAUGACUCUAUUGAGAGACUUCCAGCUGACAGCGGUAUCACUGGCGGCCAGCAGGGAGCAUGGAUGUAUUAAGAGAACAUAACAACAUAACAACACUGAAAAGGAUGGAGAGGACACGAGAGAAGUUGUCAUCGGGAUACUGACGAGAGUUGUUCCAAUGUCAGUGGAGCGGCUGCAUGACACCGUUGACACCGUUCACCGGCUGGGAAGGAAAGGCGACGCCGCUACCUCAAAUAACACACCGAGAGCAAUCAUCAUUCAAUUCGGGAUGAGAAUGGUGCGGGAUGAUGUUUGGAAAAGUCGAAGGAUGCGAGAGUGUGUAGGCUAAAGACAUGCACAUACGUUUCAAAGAAGACUUCUCCAAAGAAGACCGGGAGGCGCGUGCGAAGCUGUGGCCACUGGUCCAAGAAGCCAGAAAGACAG